AGGGAGCCCCAUGCUCACGCCCCACCCUCCUCUGAUUUUUAAGCUAGCCAAAUUUCGAGUCUGUGUUCGCAAGUGCCAGAAAGUGCCCGUCCCUGACGUCCAGGCAACUCGAACAGCAGCCCCGCGCCCCACAGGCGCCCACCUUCCCAACGUCACGGCCACUGAGCGCAGUGCCCCCUAGGGGCUCCUCUCCGCUGAGGAAGAAUAGCCAGGACCUUCUUGCCGCUGGCCCGUUACCGGCCGGGUCCGGUUCUCCCGCCUGGCGCCCGCCCCGCCACCCCCAGGAGGGACGUGAGCCGCUGCGUCUCUGAGCUCAGCCGCCGCAUCUCCGCGUCGCGGGAGAACCCGCGGCCUCCCGCUUUCGCCGCCUCGCCGCGUCCCCGCUGCGCCGCCCGCGCCUCGCCAUGAGCGCGCGCCUGCCGCUCGUCCUGCGCCAGCUCGGCCGCCUGCAGCCCCCCGGCCCGCCGCGCCGCCUCCGAGAGCUUUGUCUCGCCAGCAGCGGCGGGGGCGGCGGAUGUGGCGGCGGGGAGGGCCUGCUCGGGCAGCGGCGGCUGCGGGACACCCAGGCCGGGAGCAGCCGGGGCCCGGGCAGCCGGGCGCCCCCAGCGCGGGACUCGAUCGUCCGAGACGUCAUUCAGAAUUCGAAAGAAGUUCUGAGUUUAUUGCAAGGAAAAAACCCUGCCUUUAAGCCGGUUCUUGCUAUUAUUCAGGCAGGUGAUGAUAACUUGAUGCAGGAAGUAAACCAGAAUUUGGCUGAGGAGGCUGGUCUGAACAUCGCUCACAUCUGUCUUCCUGCAGAUAGCAGUGAAGAUGAGAUUAUAGAUGAGAUCCUGAAGAUUAAUGAAGACACCAGAAUACAUGGCCUUGCCCUUCAGAUCUCCGAGACCUCAUUUAGCAACAAAAUCCUCAAUGCCUUGAAACCAGAAAAAGAUGUGGAUGGAGUAACGGAUGUAAACCUGGGGAAGUUGGUACGUGGGGACGCCCAUGAGUGUUUUGUUUCACCUGUGGCCAGAGCUGUAAUUGAACUUCUUGAAAAGUCAGGUGUCAACUUAGAUGGAAAGAAGAUCUUGGUAAUAGGAGCCCAUGGGUCUUUGGAAGCCACCCUGCAAUGCCUGUUCCAGAGAAAAGGGUCCAUGACAAUGAGCUCCCAGUGGAAAACACCUCAGCUUCAAAGCAAGCUUCAUGAGGCUGACAUUGUGAUCUUGGGCUCACCCAAGCCGGAAGAGAUUCCCCUUUCUUGGAUUCAACCAGGAACUACUGUUUUCAACUGUUCCCAUGACUUUCUGUCAGGGAAGCUUGGAUGCAGUUCUCCCGGUAUCCAUGGUACUGGCCCCAUCGCAGAAGACGUGAGUCUCCUUGCUGCCGCUCUGCGGAUUCAGAACAUGGUUAGUAGCAGAAGGAGAUGGUUCUGUGAGCAGCAGUACAGGAGGUGGAGACUUCACUGCUUGAAACUUCAGCCUCUGUCCCCCGUACCAAGUGAUAUCGAGAUUUCAAGAGCACAGACUCCAAAAGCUGUGGAUAUCCUUGCCAAGGAGAUAGGGUUGCUUGCAGAUGAAAUUGAAAUCUAUGGCAAAAGCAAAGCCAAAGUCCGUUUGUCCCUGCUAGAAAGGUUAAAGGAUCAAGCAGAUGGAAAAUACGUCUUAGUUGCUGGGAUCACACCCACCCCUCUGGGAGAAGGGAAAAGUACAGUUACAAUUGGGCUCGUGCAGGCAUUGACUGCGCACCUGAACAUCAACUCCUUUGCCUGUCUGAGGCAGCCUUCUCAAGGACCGACUUUUGGAGUGAAAGGAGGAGCUGCAGGUGGUGGAUACGCCCAGGUCAUCCCUAUGGAAGAGUUCAACCUUCACCUGACUGGGGACAUCCAUGCCAUCACCGCUGCUAAUAACUUGUUGGCCGCUGCUAUCGACACAAGGAUUUUGCAUGAAAAUACUCAAACAGAUAAGGCUCUGUAUAAUCGACUGGUUGCUUCAGUGAAUGGUGUUAGAGAAUUUUCAAAAAUUCAACUUGCUCGGCUGAAAAAACUGGGAAUAAAUAAGACUGAUCCGAGCGCUCUGACAGAAGAGGAAAUGAGGAAAUUUGCCCGUCUUGACAUUGACCCCUCCACCAUCACGUGGCAGAGAGUCAUGGAUACAAAUGACCGAUUUCUACGAAAAAUAACCAUCGGGCAGGGAAACACAGAGAAGGGCUUUUCUCGGCAGGCGCAGUUUGACAUCGCCGUGGCCAGUGAGGUCAUGGCAGUGCUGGCUCUGACUGACAGCCUCACGGACAUGAAGGAGCGGCUGGGCAGAAUGGUGGUGGCCAGUGACAGAAACGGGCAGCCCGUGACGACAGGUGAUUUGGGGGUGACAGGUGCUUUGACUGUUCUGAUGAAAGACGCGAUAAAACCAAAUCUGAUGCAGACCCUAGAAGGGACGCCUGUAUUUGUGCACGCUGGCCCCUUUGCCAACAUUGCCCACGGCAACUCUUCAGUGUUGGCUGAUAAAAUUGCCCUGAAACUGGUUGGUGAAGAAGGAUAUGUAGUGACUGAAGCUGGCUUUGGUGCUGAUAUUGGCAUGGAGAAAUUCUUCAACAUCAAGUGCAGAGCUUCUGGCUUGGUGCCCAGUGUUGUGGUGCUGGUGGCGACGGUGCGGGCGCUGAAGAUGCACGGAGGUGGACCAAGUGUAACUGCUGGGGUCCCUCUUAAAAAAGAGUAUACGGAAGAGAACCUCCAGCUGGUGGCAGAUGGCUGCUGUAACCUAGAGAAGCAAAUUCAGAUUGCUCAGCUCUUCGGGGUCCCUGUUGUCGUGGCUCUGAAUGUCUUCAGGACCGACACCCGAGCGGAGAUUGACUUGGUGUGUGAGCUUGCAAAGCGGGCUGGCGCCUUUAAUGCAGUGCCCUGCUAUCACUGGUCGAUUGGUGGGAAAGGGUCGGUGGACCUGGCUCAGGCUGUGAGAGAAGCUGCAAGUAAAAAGAGUCGUUUCCAAUUCCUGUAUGAUGUGCAGCUUCCAAUUGUGGAAAAGAUAAGAACCAUCGCCCAGGCUGUCUAUGGAGCCGAAGAUAUUGAACUGUCUCCGGAGGCACAAUCCAAAAUAGAUCGUUACACGGAACAGGGUUUUGGAAAUUUGCCCAUCUGCAUGGCUAAGACCCACCUUUCCCUGUCUCACCAACCUGACAAGAAAGGCGUACCCAAGGAUUUCAUUCUACCCAUUAGUGACGUACGGGCCAGCAUAGGCGCUGGGUUCAUUUACCCAUUGGUUGGAACGAUGAGCACCAUGCCAGGACUGCCGACUCGGCCCUGCUUCUAUGACAUCGAUCUUGAUACGGAAACAGAGCAAGUUAAAGGCUUGUUCUAAGUGAACAGGACUUUCACAGGACUCAAUUCAGGCAACUCACCAAUUCAUGAAAAAAAGGAGAGGAAGAAAAGAGCAUCCUGAAUACAGAUGUGGGAGAGCUUCUCAACACUCACACCGAAGGACGUAUAAUCCAGGUGUCGCUGGGAACUCCACGGUUUUCCCAUCAUGUGGGCUCGUUUUAACUCCUAGAUGUCAUAACUCACGUUCCGAUGGAUUUGUUUUCUUUUCAUGCACUAACCCUACUAGGAUGCACUCCUGCUGAGUGAUAAGCAGCCUCCACUGAGAAGAAAGGUCUUUGGCAGGUUAAUUAAUGGGCUUAUGAACUCAGGAUGACCGAGGCACUCACGGGCAGGAGAAGACGUUAUUUUAGAAAAGAGCUAGUUACCUACCAUCUCUUCUGAGGCCAAGGCAUGAAAAAAAACAAAAAAAUCACAUAACCUUUGGCAUGGUGGGUUUUAGACAGAAAUCUUCCCGAGAAGGGUAGAUCCUGAUUUCUCUCUGCCUCUAUAACUGCAAUGUAAGAAACUCCUAACAGACCAGAAACGGUGAGGGCCACAGUGACCACCAUGGCACACAGAGACGUAUGGCCUUGCUCCCUCUCUGCUCAGGGUUCUGAAGUAACACCUGCAAGGGUCAAGACCCAGACCAGAAGGAUCUUCUGAAAGCUGACAGAGGAACACACCAUAGUGAUGAACAAAAAGCAAGGGAGAGAUGAAUGGGGACUCAGGAAAGUAGCGGCAAGGCAAUUAGCCAAUCCAUUCCUUAAUAUUCUUUUUAUUUCUCUAUUUCUAGGGUUAUUCUCUUUGUUUUAACUGGAAUGUGCUGACUCCAUUAAAACAAUACAUCAGUGUUCUUCACAACAGAUAUUCAAAGAGAAUCCUCCUGUCUAACAUUACCCAGGGACUGUUUUUUAACAUAAUUUACACCUGCCGAUAGACAAGAUGGUGUAUGAAGCUUACUUUAUUUAUUCCAAGAAAGUCCACCUACACAUAUUUGUCCAUUGCUUUUGUAUAAAUGUGUAUGUACAAGGGAGUAAAAAUUAAGUAAUAAGUGCACUUUUAUAGCAUUUGUUAAAAACCUGUAAUCCAUAUCCACCGAAAAAGUUGAGCAUUGUGGCAGAACAGUUGGUUACUAAUCAGAGCUUCACUGUUUCCUUAGACUUUAAUGCAGCCAUGGAUCGAGGGACCCCAAAAAACUCUUAUAGCUACACUUUAAACAAGGGAUAGUGCUGAAAUCUAAGAGUCCAUGAACUUGGAUGGGGAAAAAAGUACAUCUUUGUAUUCACUAACCUCUAACUGUAAUGUAACAUUUCCUUCGAUUAUGAAUGUCAGCAGCAAAUCACAGCAAUAUUCACAGUACCUGUGUCUGUCGCGGUCGAAGUCACCGGCAUUCUAAUAUUACAGUUUCUGCAGACAGUCACAGUAGCGAUUAUGCGCAUCACAGUAGCACAUCAUCUAACAAGGCAGAUGUGCCACUAUCCUGUUUUUUCAUGUGUCAAGAGCCACAUAUAUUGCUGUAAUCAAAUUUGAUAACUUUUUCAACAUUUUAAUAACUGCAUUUCACUAUUGUCCAUUUGAAGAUAUUCUGAGGAGGGCUACACAGACUUCAUCUGACUGAUUAAGGGAUCUAUGGUACCAAAAUGGUGAUGACCGCCAGGGACUGUAUGAAAUUCUAACCUCCUAAAUCCUGCAGCCUGUUGUGAUGCUCUGGGAUGUUAAUACAUCUGCAUCUGUGCUCCAAGCCAUCCCUAAGGGUCCCUGCUCCAGGGCUCCUCUAUCUGAGAUCCUUGUUCUGGGAGCAGCCCAGGUAGCACUUGUCACUGGAGCCCUCUGAAGCCUAACACAGACGAGAUAGAAGAAGCUCUGGAAACUGUAGAGUGCUGUGUCAAUGUAGAGCUUGCUUAGCAACCCCAAUCCCUGGGCCAGCUCCUGAGCUCCCACCCCUGCCCUGCUUUGGGGUCAAACUUUCCCACAUGGCUUUAGACGCUGCCCCUGGCAACCAAGGUCCUACCUGACCUGGUCUCCCCAAGGCUCACACAGAAUCUCAGCUUGCAUCCUAGUUCUGGGGACCACUGGCUCAGGGUAACCACAAAUGCCAUUCCCACAAAAUUACAAGUUUUACUGUAUGGUUUUCCUGAUAAGGGAUCUUACCAUUGUUGAGUAACAUUGUUUAAUUCAUUGACUAGUUCAUUUAUUCUACAAACCCCUAUUGGGCAGCUACCACGUGUGAAGCAGAAUGUCUUAAAAAGAAAAGGAAUUCGACGUACAAGGUCCAUGACUGAAGGGAACGUGUUGGGGCAUUCCCCACUGUAUCCCAAACCCACAGAGUAGUGGAAUGGAAGGUAGUAGUUGAUCAGUAAGUAUUUUCUGAGCAAAUUCAUCCGUCCCCUCACUGAGCAUGUGUCAGCCCACUUGCUGACACCAGUGACUGGUGUUGGAAGUGGGAGGCAGUCCUGUUGGUUGGGGACCCUGCUUUCUAACCUGUGGGGUUUGCACUAACUGCGCAGUGAGUGUCAGAACUGAAUUGAAUGGAGUUGUAAGAUCCAGUUGGUGUCGGGAGUGUACACCAAUGGAGGAUUUCGUUAAGCAAAGGAUUUUAGCUCAUGUCGUGAAAAACUAUUGAGAUACAUAAAUACCAAAAGUUUCAGAAAUCAUGGGGCAGAUUUCAUGGCCUACAUCAUGUCCCUGGCAGAUUGCCCACAGGCCCCCAUGUCACACUUUGAGAACAACUCUUACUCAGUUUUAGAUUGAGCUAUUGGUCAAUUCGAAGAUCUGAUUUAGUUUCAAGCCCUUAGCCAUCAAGAGAUAGGCAAGAUUUCUGCUAGACCCCACAAACUUCCUGAGAGCAAGCCAGUGUCCGCAGAUCUGGGCAGACACCGUUGGUCACUGGAUAUGAGGCACUAAAUAGCUGUGUUCCUUCCUGAAAGGCCAGAGUCCCCCUACCUGGCAGCUGUCCGCGGGAUGUUACCCACAGUUGCACCAUGUUCUGAACUUGCAUUAAAACAACCAUAGAUUCAGGGGAUUGUCCAAAGAACCGUCCUUUUCUUUCUUUCUUUCUUUCUUUCUUUCUUUCUUUCUUUCUUUUUUUUCUUUCUUUCUUUCUUUGGCUGCAUUGGU